CGCAGCUUUUCUAAACUGAAACUCCAAAAGACAAACUUAUGUUCGUCAAUGAGUCAGGCUUAGCUGUGACAGCAGUCUCAUGGAAGAAAAUUCAUAAGAUCCCAGUAAAGCUCUAGUGGAAAACUUCAAUAGCAUCAAUAAAAACAAAGUCUAAGGCCAAUGUUGUAUAGCUGACCAGCUGCCAAUAUUCAAAUUCAAGUUAAAGUUGAAGAUGAAUUUACCCCUAAAAUGAAACACUCUCAGCAAACUUGAAUUGCUGCAUUAGUUGGAAAUGACUGAUUACCAGAGGAUUUUGUGGAAGAUAUAAAAAAGCUGAAUUUCAAUAAAGAAAGAAAGAAAAAGGCACCUGCAAGAAGUAAAAAAAAAAAAAAAAUAAUUGUCAAAACACCUUACUACAGACACACAAUUUCUCUGAUUCCACAUACUAUCAAGAUUCUUUCCAAAAUUAUUAAGUAAAGAUUAUAACCACACCUGGAACAAUUUAAUUUAUCCUUUGUUGAAUGGGUUAGUCCCAUUAGGCUAGUGACUUCUUUUCAGGGGAGAUCUGAGGUGGUAUUUAUUCUACUACUAUUGACAGUGCAUUGGGGAACUUCCCCAACUCUUUUUGAUAGGUACCAUGAAAUAAUUUUCAUCUGCUGGAGCUACGACCAACUCAAGCAGGAGGGACUUCAGUUUAAUGUCUCAUACGAAGGAUAACACAAUCUGCCGUGCAGCCAGAAAUCGAUCUACCAAGUGUGGGAGUAGAACCCACAGCCUUCUGCACCAAAGAUGUACCACUGACACAUGCAGUACUAAUACAAGAGUUGUCAGAAGUGCAAAUAUGAUCCAGAAGUCAGCAAGGAACCUGAGACAUAAUUGUGGGUAUGAAACAGAUCACUGAAAAGGCAAAACAAACAUGUAUCUAAAAGAUUAUCUGCAUGUGUUUUACUGAUUGCAGCAAGGCCAUUGUCUGUGUUAACUUAAAAAAAAAAUCUCUUGACCAUACUGAGAGGCAUCGAUAUUUCAGAGUACCUGAUUCUCAUGCACCAUCUUUAUAUCAGUCAAGAAGCAACAUUUACAACUGAAAAAGGAGAAACAGAAUGGCUUACACCUGGUAAAGGUAUAUGACAGUCCUGUAUACUUUCGCCACAUCUAUUUAAUGUAUAUACAGAACAAAUCAUGAGAGAAGCAGGACUGUAUGGAGAAAAUUGAGGUGUGAAAAUUGGAGGAAUAAUUAUAAACAAACUUUGUUGUGUUUAUGAUACCACAUUAUUGUCUAAAGGCAAAGAUAACCUGAAAUAAAUGCUUGUCAUGAUUAAACAACAUUGUCUAAAAUGGAGUUGCGCUUUAACAUGAAGAAGAGAAAGAUCCUGUCAGCUGGUAAAUCAAUACAUUUAUUUUAGCUGGAGAAUAAAAAGAAUCACUGCACUGCUUCAGUCUGAUGGAUCAAUAAUUAAUAAAUCUAUAAACAGCAGUCAAGAAAUCUGAUUAUGAGUUACACUGGGAAGGAUGGUCAUGAAGAAUCUACAUAAGAUCUUCCAAAACAGAGAUGUUUCUUUGCACAUGAAAGAGAAGGAAUGUGAUAGGAAGAAAACUGAUGCCUCUGAACUUUGUUGGUACUGAUGAAUACUGUAUAUCCCAUAGACUGCCUAAAAACAAAUCAGUCAGUACUCAAAGAAAUAAAGCAUAAGUAUUCCCCGUAAGCUCAGAUGUUAGGACUUAGACCUUCAUAAUUCAGAUAGAACAUGCAAAGAGAAAGAACGUAAUGAAAAACAACAUUCCAUUUGGCAAAGAUGGAAGGCCACUAAAAAAAAAAAAAGAAAAAAAAAAACUGAGAUGGAUUCUUACAAUAACUACACCAAUGGAUAACCCUGCUGUCACCUAACUGAAGACAGAACACAGUUCUGGAAGACUAUCCAUAGAGUCACCAUGUGAUAAUGACUAGAUGGCAUAUAAUAGCAACAGAACCAGUAGGUAACAGUUAAAGCAUUUACUCAUAAGUAAGGAUAAACUGAUAGGUGCAUAAUUAGACAAACUGUUUAAAUAUCCUGCCUAUGCAUCACUAUUACUUUGUCUUGCUUUCAGAAAGAGAGGCAGACCUGGACUCAAGUGGUGCUGAAACAAGUAGAUGAGAUUAGUGUAUAUAAAGCUCUGACAACUACCACAUAUAGUAUUUGGUCGUUAACUUAAUCAGCCUUAAUCUGACAAAUGGAUACAUUCAAUGGAAAGGAUGAGGCAAGAGUCAGAGUUCAACAGAUGUGUGUGGCCUGUCCAAACCUGAAUUGGUGAAAUAUUAAAGAUAAUUGUUAAAUAUCUCCACUAGUGUUAUAUCAGCUGAUAUCUUAUUAACAAAUAUCCCCCCGAUUAUUCUUCUUACAUUCAGGAAAUUAAUUAUGCGGCAGAUGUUAGAUGUGGCAUACAUUACUUAUUACAUUGCUGGAAAAAAACACUUACUCCAAGAAAGCACAUCACACUGACUAUUCAGGAAAUUUCCUGACUGAGUAAAAUCCAGCUACACUCAACCUUACUCUAUUCAGCUUUGCUGUGCUCUCCACUGUAUACCAUUCCCACUCAGCUUCACAUGAUUUUAUUAAAAAAAAAAUAACCAUCCCACUAUUCUACAAUUACCAAUUCACAAAACUAAAAAAAAAAUAAAUAAAUAAGAACAUUAAUCAACACUUCCACCAGCCAUACCUAAUUAACAAAUAGAAUUAACACACACAUUCAGAUUACAAAUAAAACAACAUUAAAAAAAAUUGAGAAACUGAUCCAUUUCUGUAGCCUAGAGCUAGAAAGUUCGGUGUACAAUGAAUGCUACCCAAAUUCAUCUAGCAGAUUCUGUGCCUGUAAGAGAUGGUGAGAAGGAUGCAAUGGGAGUGAGCAGGUGUUGCCAGUACACUCAUCCUGGGAGGGGGGAUGUGGAUCUGGCUUUCCACUUACGUAACACUUAGCAGGAACAUUAGAUGUUGCAGCCACAUGGAGUACAAGCCUGGGAGCAUGCACUGCUUGCAUGUAUGCUGAUAGAGUGUGUGGAUGCGCACUCCCUUUCAAUGGCAGCAUUAGAGCAGAUUUCAAUGGCCUGCAGUAAGGGAGGGAAGGGUGCUCCAACAAGAGGAGGGGCGUGGCUGCCUCACCAGACUUGUAAGAUAGACUGCUCCCAUCAAAGUUGUGUCUCACUAUGUGUGGAAUGAAUAGGCUAAUAAGGCAUCAUGGAUAUGAGCUAAUGAGCUAUAGUGCCCUCACUUAGAGUGUGUGGAGGUGUCUGGCUGUCAUCUCACACAACUGGAACAAAUGGGUCAAUUGGGUUAACAUAAUAAAGCCAUCGGGCAUAUUAAAUGUAGAAGAAAAAAAUUAACAUGAAAAUGUAAAUCACACUCUAGAGCCUGCAGACACUUCAAGUGGCUUUUUUACUAUCUGCUCCUAAAAGACUAUAGAUAUAGCACAAGUCAUAAUUUCAUUACAAAUGUUCCUAUACCAUUCUUACAGACCUUAGAAACAGAAAAUGCCUUUAUUUAUUAUCCAUCCUCAAUAUAUUUCACUUAGACUGGGAGCAAAUGCAUACUUCAUCUCCUCAUCUGGUACCACUGUACUGCACUGUAUGUCCUCAUCUGGUACCACUGUGCUGUACUGUGGUACCACUGUACUGCACUGCCUCUCCACAUCUGGUACCACUGUACUGCACUGUGGUACCGCUGUACUGCACUAUCUCUCCUCAUCUGGUACCACUGUACUGCAUUGUCUCUCCUCAUCUGUACCACUGUACUGCACUGUGGUACCACUGUACUGCACUAUCUCUCUUCAUCUGGUACCACUGUACUGCAUUGUCUCUCCUCAUCUGUACCACUGUACUGCACUGUGGUACCACUGUUCUGCACUAUCUAUCAUUGUCUGGUACCACUGUGCUGCACUGUCUGACCUCAUCUGGUACCACUGUGCUGCACUGUAUGUCCUCAUCUGGUACCACUGUACUAUACUGUGGUACCACUGUACUGCACUGCCUCUCCACAUCUGGUACCACUGUACUGCACUAUGGUACCGCUGUACUGCACUAUCUCUCCUCAUCUGGUACCACUGUACUGCAUUGUCUCUCCUCAUCUGUACCACUGUACUGCACUGUGGUACCACUGUACUGCACUAUCUCUCCUCAUCUGGUACCACUCUACUGCAUUGUCUCUCAUCUGUACCACUGUACUGCACUGUGGUACCACUGUUCUGCACUAGCUAUCAUUGUCUGGUACCACUGUGCUGCACUGUCUGUCCUCAUCUGGUACCACUGUACUGCACUGUCUGUCCUCAUAUGGUACCACUGUGCUGCACUGUCUCUCCUCAUCUGCUACCACUGUACUGCACUGUCUGUCCUAAUCUGGUACCACUGUACUGUACUGUGGUACCAGUAUACUGCACUGUCUGUCCUCAUCUGGUACCACUGUACUGCAUUGCGGUAUCACAGUGAUGCACUGUCUCUGCUCAUCAGGUACCAGUGUACUGCACUGUCUCUCUUCCCAUUAUUCU